CCGCGCUCGCCCGGGCCGCCCGGAGCCCCGAUGAACCCAGAUGGCCGGGGCUCAACCUGGAGUGCACGCCUUGCAACUCAAGCCCGUGUGCGUGUCCGAGAGCCUCAAGAAAGGCAUCAAAUUCGUCAAGUGGGAUGAUGACUCCACUAUUGUUACUCCAAUCAUUUUGAGGACUGACCCUCAGGGAUUUUUCUUUUACUGGACGGAUCAAAAUAAGGAGACAGAGCUGUUGGAUCUCAGCCUUGUCAAGGAUGCCAGGUGUGGGAAACACGCGAAGGCGCCCAAGGACCCCAAAUUACGCGAACUCCUGGACGUGGGCAAUAUCGGGCGGCUGGAGCAUCGCAUGAUAACAGUGGUGUAUGGACCUGACCUGGUCAACAUCUCCCAUUUGAAUCUUGUGGCUUUCCAAGAAGAAGUGGCCAAGGAAUGGACAAAUGAGGUUUUCAGUUUGGCAACAAACCUGCUGGCCCAAAACAUGUCCAGGGAUGCAUUUCUGGAAAAGGCGUAUACUAAACUGAAGCUGCAAGUCACUCCAGAAGGGCGCAUACCUCUUAAAAACAUUUAUCGUUUGUUCUCAGCAGACCGGAAGCGAGUGGAAACUGCCUUGGAGGCUUGCAGUCUUCCAUCUUCAAGGAAUGAUUCAAUACCUCAAGAGGACUUCACUCCGGAAGUGUACAGAGUUUUCCUGAACAACCUUUGCCCUCGACCUGAAAUUGAUAACAUCUUUUCUGAAUUUGGUGCCAAAAGCAAACCAUAUCUUACCGUUGACCAGAUGAUGGACUUCAUCAACCUCAAGCAGCGAGACCCACGGCUGAAUGAAAUACUUUACCCACCUCUGAAACAAGAACAGGUACAAGUGCUGAUCGAGAAGUACGAACCCAACAGCAGCUUGGCCAAGAAAGGGCAGAUAUCUGUGGAUGGAUUUAUGCGUUACCUGAGUGGAGAAGAAAAUGGAGUUGUUUCACCUGAGAAACUGGAUUUGAAUGAAGACAUGUCUCAACCCCUUUCUCAUUACUUCAUUAAUUCCUCGCACAACACCUACCUCACAGCUGGCCAGCUGGCUGGAAACUCCUCCGUGGAGAUGUAUCGCCAAGUGCUGCUGUCGGGCUGUCGCUGUGUGGAGCUGGACUGCUGGAAGGGACGGACGGCAGAAGAGGAACCGGUCAUCACUCACGGGUUCACCAUGACAACUGAAAUCUCCUUCAAGGAAGUGAUAGAGGCAAUUGCAGAAUGUGCAUUUAAGACGUCCCCAUUUCCCAUUCUCCUGUCCUUUGAGAACCACGUGGACUCUCCGAAGCAGCAAGCCAAGAUGGCAGAGUACUGCCGGCUCAUCUUCGGGGACGCGCUUCUCAUGGAGCCCCUGGAAAAAUACCCGCUGGAAUCCGGAGUUCCUCUUCCAAGCCCUAUGGAUUUAAUGUAUAAAAUUUUGGUAAAAAACAAGAAGAAAUCACACAAGUCAUCAGAAGGAAGUGGCAAAAAGAAGCUCUCUGAGCAAGCAUCCAACACGUACAGCGACUCCUCCAGUGUGUUCGAGCCCUCGUCCCCCGGAGCCGGGGAAGCUGACACAGAGAGCGAUGAUGAUGAUGAUGACGACGACUGUAAGAAGUCUUCAAUGGACGAGGGGACCGCAGGGAGUGAAGCCAUGGCCACAGAAGAAAUGUCCAACCUGGUGAACUAUAUCCAGCCAGUGAAGUUUGAGUCAUUUGAAAUUUCUAAAAAGAGAAAUAAGAGUUUUGAAAUGUCUUCCUUCGUGGAAACCAAAGGACUUGAGCAGCUUACAAAAUCUCCAGUGGAAUUCGUGGAAUAUAACAAGAUGCAGCUUAGUCGGAUCUACCCCAAAGGGACGCGCGUGGACUCCUCCAAUUACAUGCCUCAGCUCUUCUGGAACGCAGGCUGUCAGAUGGUGGCUCUCAACUUCCAGACCGUGGACCUGGCUAUGCAAAUCAACAUGGGGAUGUACGAAUACAAUGGCAAGAGUGGCUACAGGUUAAAGCCGGAGUUCAUGCGGAGGCCGGACAAGCAUUUUGACCCGUUUACCGAGGGCAUCGUGGAUGGCAUAGUGGCCAACACUUUGUCAGUUAAGAUUAUUUCUGGUCAGUUUCUGUCUGAUAAGAAAGUUGGAACUUACGUGGAAGUGGAUAUGUUUGGUUUGCCAGUGGACACACGGAGGAAGGCCUUUAAGACCAAGACCUCACAAGGAAAUGCUGUAAAUCCUGUCUGGGAAGAAGAACCCAUUGUAUUCAAGAAGGUCGUCCUUCCUUCUAUGGCCUGCCUGAGGAUAGCAGUGUAUGAAGAAGGGGGUAAAUUCAUCGGCCACCGGAUCUUGCCAGUGCAAGCCAUCAGGCCAGGCUAUCACUACAUCUGCUUGAGGAAUGAGAGGAACCAGCCCCUCAUGCUGCCCGCGGUCUUCGUCUACAUCGAAGUCAAAGACUACGUGCCGGAUACAUACGCAGAUGUGAUUGAAGCUUUGUCGAACCCCAUCCGCUACGUGAACCUCAUGGAACAGAGAGCCAAGCAACUGGCUGCGCUGACACUAGAAGAUGAGGAAGAGGUGAAGAAGGAGGCUGACCCUGGAGAAACACUAUCAGAGGCACCGAGUGAAGCCAAGACGACUCCAGCUGAAAAUGGGGUGAAUCACACCUCCUCCCUGGCCCCCAAACCCACCUCACAGGUUCUGCACAGCCAGCCAGCUCCAGGCUCUGUGAAGGCGCCUGCAAAAACAGAAGAUCUGAUUCAGAGUGUUCUAACAGAAGUGGAAGCACAGACUAUCGAAGAGCUGAAGCAACAGAAGCCAUUUGUGAAACUUCAAAAGAAGCACUACAAAGAGAUGAAGGACCUGGUGAAGAGACACCACAAGAAGACCACAGACCUCAUCAAGGAACACACCACGAAAUACAACGAAAUCCAGAACGACUACCUGCGACGGAGGGCGGCUUUGGAGAAGACCGCCAAGAAGGACAGCAAGAAAAGAUCGGAACCGAGCAGCCCUGAUCAUGGCUCAUCGGCGAUUGAGCAAGACCUCGCUGCCCUGGAUGCAGAAAUGAACCAAAAGUUAAUAGACUUGAAGGACAGACAGCAGCAGCAACUGCUUAACCUCCGGCAAGAACAGUAUUACAGUGAGAAGUACCAGAAGCGGGAACACAUUAAACUGCUCAUGCAGAAGUUGACAGACGUCGCCGAGGAAUGCCAGAACAAUCAGUUAAAGAAGCUGAAAGAAAUCUGUGAGAAGGAGAAGAAGGAAUUGAAGAAGAAAAUGGAUAAGAAGAGGCAGGAGAAGAUCACGGAGGCUAAGUGCAAAGACAGAAGCCAGAUGGAAGAGGAGAAGACAGAGAUGAUUCGAUCCUACAUCCAGGAGGUGGUGCAGUACAUCAAGCGGUUAGAAGAGGCACAGAGUAAGCGACAAGAAAAACUCGUGGAGAAACACAAGGAGAUCCGCCAGCAGAUCCUGGACGAGAAGCCCAAGCUGCAGACGGAGCUAGAGCAAGAAUACCAAGACAAAUUCAAAAGACUGCCGCUGGAGAUUUUGGAGUUUGUACAGGAGGCCAUGAAAGGGAAGCUCAGCGAAGACAGCAGUCAUGGCUCCGUCCCUCCUUCGGUGGCCUCAGACCCUGGGAAGGUUAACCACAAGCCUCCACCCAGUGAGGAGACGGAAGGAGACAACCCCGGCAAAGAGUUCGAUACUCCCCUGUGAUCGCUCCUGCCAGGCCUUUAGGGUAUGCAUGGCUGCGCAAGCCCCACUGGACUCUUACCACACAGAUCACUGCCCAGGACUCUCUUCCUAGGAGACAUCCCUCAGCCUACCAUUCACACCUAUGGGAGUUCCAGAAGGAAUCACGCAGAGACCUCACGGCCAGGUUCCAUUUGUCACAUGGAAACUACUGCAAGCCUGCUAGGGAAGAGUGCGCAUACAGGUGGGAUUUCUGUUUGCUCGUCAGUGGCAAAGUCAAAGCAGGGGACUUCUGCAUUUAAUGAAGGGCACUAGCUUCUUUAAAGGAAAUUGAGCUUGUUUUGACUUGAAGCUCUGAUGUAAAGUAACUCAAGGUAAUAGAAAUAGUUUGAUAAAUGCAUAGCACUAUUUAGCACUCUUGAACAGCCAACUUUGAGCAUUUUUCCCCCAACUGUCCCUCAAUUACCAUCUCUUCAAGUGAAUAUGCGUAUUAACUUGCUUCAUCCUUUGCUUUGCAAGCACUGGUGGCUUGCAGUUUUCUAAUUUAUUUAUCAUACAGACAUCGGUAUUUGUUGCUGACAUGGCUCUGUUAGAUACCAUAGUGAUGCCAAUACACUGAUUUUCUUGCUCAACAAUAUCCCUUGAUUGCCCAGUGAGGCCAUCCCUAAGACUGAGCAAUACAAAUUGAUCGACAUUUGGCUGCAGGAGCAAGCUGGUUGUGCAUUUCCAGGCACUGUGCUCCUUGAACUGACUCUGCACUCCAUGUUGGGAUAUUCAUUGAUCGUUGGCCUCCACAUGGUCCAGAACGACAUACAGUCCAUUCUGCUACAUAAAAAUGAGCUGAUGUAGUGAACAAGUUCUGGUGGUAAUUUUGCAGUCUGACAUUCUCUUAUGGUCCAUUUAUUUUUAAUAAAGAGAAGACUGAAUGUUUAUCUAGAGAAUCCUUAGAGCCACUAUAAAUGAUCUAUAUUAUCUUCAUGGAUAUAUGUUUGCACUCAACCAGUUCAGCGCAUAUGUGGAAACACACUAAGUAUAGAUGUGUGUUUAAUUGGCAGUGACUCAAAUCUCUUCCACAAGGGUAAAUAGAGAAAAUGUCCAAUAUGUAGUUUAAAAUAAUAAAUUACAUGAAAAUACUGAGAAACAAUCAAUGGGACCAGUGAUGCAAAUUCAGGUAGACUUAGACUGUUAAUCUGAUAUGUUAUUUUGCAGGAUCCAAACAUUGAAUUUUAAGCAUUGGGUUUUAAACUUACUUAGUGGUUAUUAGAAUGUAUAAAAUGUAUAUGAUAAUAAGAGUUUAUGGUAUCUUCCAUAAUGUUAAAGUCUGACAGAUGUUAAUUUUAUUCUAACAUUUUAAAAGCAGUUUAUUGUAUAUUUCCUAUGUACAUUUAACCCACUUAACUGUCUUUUUACAUUUCUGUGUUAGUUGGCAGAAGAAAAGCUAUGAUAGUAAAAGUGGUCUAAAAUAUUAUUCAAAGGUCUAAUCAAGAAAGAAUAAUUAUAUAGAGGAAAAAAAUAUAAUGUAGAGUGUAACAUAAAGAACUUGAAGUUAAGGGCCAGAAGCCGGAUGCUCACAGCUUUAUGUUAAUUUAAAAGAAACCUGUCUGUAGCUUUGCAAGACAUUUUCAAACACAAAAACCAGUGUGUCCUGAAAGUUGUGUUUUAACAAUUUAAUAUUUUUAUGGAAAUUAUUUAUCUUUAAGCAAUAACAAUUACAUUUUCAUCUAAAGGAAAGCUUAGUUCAAGCAUUAGGAAAGAAGUGCUUUAGAAAAAAAAAUCAUGUCCUCUCUGCAGAAGAUCAUAUUUUGAUUGGGUAGACUUGGCCUGUUAGAUGCUUAACAACACUGAACUUCCACUGAAAAAAAAAUUAAGUCUUUUUGUAAAUCAUUCUACUUUUGCACUUUGAAAGGAAGGCAUUAAUCAUAAAGAAGCAAGAAUGGUCAAAAUGGAGCGCUGCGUUUUUAUAAGCAAAAUCAGACUGUCUAAAAUUGAACUGCGAGCUAAUAGCAUUCAUAAGCAAAUACAAUGAUGGCUAUCACACAGUGUUGCAUCACAUUUUAGUCUAGAGACGAACAAGGGUUGGAUAAUCAUGACUUCCACAAAACUUCCGUAGUUGGAUUUCAUUCUCUUAGGUGAUCUAGUCCUUUUACAAUAUGUUUGUAUUUGGCCAUUUACUGUAAUCACAUUUUUAUAUCGAUACAAUGACACUUUUUGCAGUUGUGGGGUAGUGUGUAGCACUGUCCAUCUUGCAUCAAUGAAACUACAGUUAUAUUAUCAUUAACUAUUAAUAUUACUUGAAAUAGACUAAGAAAAGGAUCUAUAUGAUGUGCAGUUUUGUGCCUUUCUGUAUUUGCCUUUUUGUUGUUGUUGUUGUUGAAUGUGUGAAAUUCUGUACUGUGGUUUUUUCCUAUACUAGGCAGUAGAGCUGUGUACUGAAUUAGACCGUGUCCCUCUGAUAACUUUACACUACUGAGAAUAGCAUGGUUUGGGCCGUGCAAUCCAAUCUUCGGAGUUCUAUUGACAUGCCAUGUGUUGGGUUUGUAGCAUUCUCACAUUUCAGCAUCACCCUCCACUAACAGAAUAGCUCCUGUAGUAAAUAGUCAUUAAGUAAUUCUCAAAGAAGGGGCCACUGAUUGCUUGCAGUACUUUGAACUCAGUGUUGUGCUUGUACACUGUGCCAAUAUUGUUUGUGACGGAUUGGACAUUGUGACUUUCACCUUUUAAGAAGAAAUGACAAGAUAGGAUGAAGUAUGAAGCUCUUUAAAAUGUACAUAUUUUGGUUCCUCUAUCUCAAAUUAUUUAAACUGCAUAAUUCACAUUUUUGUAAUAAUUCUAUGCAAUUUUGUGGCAUGGUGUUUCCUCCACUUGUAAUUUUAUGUGCUUUCAUCACAAAUCCAAAGGAAACAAUAAAAAUUUCUUA